AUUGAUAAGAAAAAAAAUCAAUACUCGUUACCAUGGUUACGAAAUAAAUAACUUUGCCCUGGAGCUAUAUAUAUAUGGAAUUUAUAAAAAUAAUAUAAUGAAUUAUUUUGAAAAUGCCGCAAAUUGAUCGUGACGUAAAUAAUCUUAUCGAUAAGUACUGCGGUGAAGAAAAAAGUUUACGAGAACAAUUAAAAAAAUGUGAAGUUGAAGGCGAAAAAAAAGUAAAUUUAAAUUUACAAAGAAUUCAAAGUCAUAAAAAAUUAAUUUAUAUAAGUAAUGAAGAAGCGCGGGAGCGUAAUCGUCAAUUAUUAGAAAAAUUGGAACUGUCGAGAGCACGUUUACGAACACUUACAUCUUUUACUCCAACAGACCAAGAACUCGGCGAACGUGCAGCAGCCUACCGAAAAUAUUUAAUAAAAUAAUGAAUUGAAGAAAUAGUUGAUUAGUAAAUCCAAUAACUCGAGCCGAACGAACAAACUAUUUAAUUAAAAGUUUGUUGAUCGUCCGGAUCGAUGCAUCAGACCACAAAUUUAAAUUUUCCGCCAAUAUUUGAAUUUCAAAAUUCAAAAUCCACUCCUGUAAUUCCAUACAUUUCUUCUUAGACAAUUAAUUAAAUUCAAACACGACUGAUUACUCCAAUUAAUUAACAUCUACAAUAAUAACAGUAAUUAGUAAAAUAAAAAAAAAUUAAACUAAAGAAGAAAA